AAAUUAGGAAUCCAGUUACCCAAAUCAGUGGUGUUGAUAACUUAAGGCAGUUAUCCAAUUGAGAUGAAACAAAGAGCAUCAGUGAUAAUAUAUUUCUGUAUUGUUUUUGAAUAAUAUCUGGCUAUGGAAAGUAAGAAUAUUGGAGAAGGAAAGGUAGUAUGUGUAACAGGGGCAUCUGGUUACAUAGCUUCAUGGCUGGUCAAGUUGUUGCUACACCGUGGAUAUACUGUCAACGCCACUGUUCGCAAUCUCAAGGAUACAAGUAAAGUGGAUCACUUGCUAGGCCUUGAUGGAGCUAAUGAGAGGCUGCAUCUAUUCGAAGCAGAGUUACUUGAAGAGCAAUCGUUUGAUCCUGCUGUUGAUGGUUGUGAAGGUGUCUUUCAUACAGCUUCACCUGUUUUUCUCACAGGGAAAUCUAAGGAGGAACUUGUGGAUCCUGCUGUGAAAGGAACGUUAAAUGUCCUUCGUUCAUGUGCCAAAUCACCAUCUGUCAGAAGAGUUGUGAUAACUUCUUCUACUGCUUCUGUUAUAUGCAAUAAAAAUAUGUCAACCCCUGGUGCUGUGGCUGAUGAGACUUGGUAUUCAGAUCCUGAAUUCUGCGAGGAAAGAAAGGAUUGGUAUCAACUCUCCAAAACGCUGGCUGAGCAGGCUGCUUGGAAAUUUGCAAAAGAGAAUGGGAUUGACUUGGUAACGCUCCAUCCAGGUUUAGUCAUUGGUCCACUUCUGCAGCCUACGCUCAAUUUCUCUUGUGAGGCUAUAGUGAACGUCAUAAAAGAAGGAAAAGAGGCAUGGUCUGGUGGAAUAUAUAGAUUUGUUGAUGUUAGGGAUGUUGCUAAUGCACAUAUUCUAGCCUUUGAGGUUCUUUCAGCAAAUGGAAGAUAUUGUUUAGUUGGGGCAAACGGAUACUCUUCUUUGGUUUUGAAGAUUGUUCAAAAGCUUUACCCUUCCAUCACUCUCCCUAAGAAGAGAACAACAAAGGCCGAAGAGAUGUAACAAGUUCACAGUUACUGAGUAAUUAGAAGUUUUGUAAGGUAUUGACAUAAUGAAAGUUCCAAUUUUAGGAAAUGCAGCAAAAUUUUGAAAACAAACGAUAGAAAUGGAAGUAGGAUAGUCAAUUUUGCUUUUCCACGUCAGGUGAUUAGUUGAAGUGGACUAUUUAGACACUGCAGGCUUUAUAGUUGAACAUGUUUUGCUUCCUUAAGCUCACUUAUCUUUCUCUUUGAUUAAGAAUUUUUGUUCUAAGAUAUUUGAGGGAUUCAUCAUAGUUCUUAAAUUUGGAUGCAGUUUCAAAGAUGGAUUGCCUCUUACCCCACACUUCCAAGUAUCGAGUGAAAAAGCAAAAAGUUUAGGAGUCAAAUUCACAUGUCUUGAGUUGAGCGUGAAGGAUACUAUUGAAAGCUUGAAGGAAAAGAACUUCCUCC